CCCUUUACAAACGUCCUUUUUUGACAAGUACCAUGUGGGAAAUUCUGUUAUGAUAAUCUUCAGAUUUAAUUUCGAAAAAUUCACCAAAAUACUCGCAAAAAAUCACACCGUGAAUCUGUAAAGCCCGAGCGAAAGCAAAAAUUCCAAAGUGGCAUCGGCCGUAUUGCCGCAAAACGCAUUAAAGAGGUUAUGACCAUCCACAUCAGUCAUGGGUGAAUCUAAAACAUCUUUGAACACCAUCUGCAGGACUGUCUCGCUGCGGUACCGUUUCAUUUAUGAAAAUGUGGGGGGCGGAGAGCCUGAAUUACAGUUUCUACCGCACCCGUUGAUCGAACUCGAGGUGGAACAGCCAGAACCGGCUGAACAGGGCGAACCCGAACUUAAACCUGAAGAUGUCGAAUAUGUGGAUGAUGUGGAGUACCUGAGAAGCUUAGACCCUAAGGAAUGGAAGUCCCAGGACCAUUAUAAGGUGUUAGGAAUUGAAACUUUAAGACACAAAGCCACUGAGGAUAUUAUUAAGACCGCUUACCGUAAGAAAGUAUUAAAGCAUCAUCCGGAUAAAAGGAAAGCCUUAGGAGAAGAAAUUAAAGCUGACGAUGACUAUUUUACAAACAUUACUAUGGCCUAUGAAACCCUGGGCACUGUACAGAAGAGGAGAGCGUUUGAUUCAGUUGACCCAGAGUUUGAUAAUAAUAUACCAUCGGGAUCUGAACUUAAAAAGGACUUUUUUGAGGUAUUUAAUUAUUAUUUUGACUUGAAUGCUCGUUGGUCUGAAAAGCCUAAGGUGCCUAAACUUGGUAAUAUCAACUCGUCCAGAGAAGAGGUUGAAAAAUUCUAUUCAUUUUGGUAUGACUUUAAAUCGUGGCGAGAGUAUUCUUAUGAGGAUGAAGAAGACAAGGACAAGUGCCAGGAUAGGGAUGAAAGGAGGUAUGUUGAUAAAUUAAACAAAGCUGAAAGGCUAAGGAAAAAGAAAGAGGAAAUGUCCAGAAUAAGAAGUUUAGUAGAUUUAGCUUACAAUAAUGAUCCUAGAAUAGCCAAAUUUAAGCAGGAAGACAAGGAUAGGAAACUAGCGGCCAAAAGAGCCAAGCAGACUGCAGCCCAACAAAAAAAAGAUGAAGAAGAGCGAAUUCUCAGGGAGGUGCAGUUGGCCAAAGAACAAGCCGAAGCUGCCGAAAGAGCACGAAUAGAAGCCAAAAGGCAAGAGAGAGAAGCUGUUAAAAAGGCCCUUAAAAAAGAAAGAAAAAUCCUAAGAGACAUGUGCAAAGCAAACAACUAUUAUACAGACAAUAGUGAACAAAAUUUAAAACACAUUACCACCAUAGAGGCAAUCUGUGAGACGUUAUCGAUAGAAGAGCUGGAGCAACUAAAUAAAAACAUCAAAAACAAUGGAAAAAGUGGGUUUCUAAAAGCGAUAAAUGACCAUGAAAAGAAAAUAGAAAAAGAGAGACAAGAGGUGCUGAAUGCGGCUAAACAGAAAACCACAGAAGAGAAAAAUACUGCCAUAAUAAAAGUAGCCCCAGAAUGGAACGAGGAAAACUUACAGCUCUUAGUAAAAUCGGUCAAUCUAUUUCCUGCUGGCACAAACCAACGUUGGGAGGUCAUCGCCAACUUCAUAAACCAACACGGCCUGUUUACCAAAGACAGUGGCAAGUUCACCGCCAAAUUAGUCCUGGCCAAAGCAAAAGAUCUUCAGAACACCGACUUCUCAAAAAAUAACCUUAAAGAGCAGGCCAACAAGAAAGCCUUCGACACCUUUAAAAAGGACAAGAAACAAGUUUUAAACGUGGACGAGACGGGCAUAUCGAAGAAACUGGACGAGGUCACACUCAAUGGCAAACUGACGAAUGGUAUCAGAAAAACGGCAUCGAAAAGUGAGUUAAAACAGGAACAGCCCAACGUAGAAAAGGAGACGAAAGAGGACACGAAUAAAGCGGAGAAGUUCGUGAAGUUCGACGUGUUGCCUUGGACGUCUUCGGAGCAACAGUUGCUCGAGCAAGCGUUAAAAACUUAUCCUGCCUCGACGCCGGAAAGGUGGGAUCGGAUAGCUGAAUGUAUACCCAACAGAAGUAAAAAGGAAUGCAUGAAACGGUAUAAGGAACUGGUCGAGACUGUGAAAGCGAAAAAGGCUGCGCAAGCGGCUGUAGGUACCACCGCUAAAUGACUAGUUUAGUAUUUUGACACCUUUAUACAAAUACUUAAUUGCAGGAUGCUGUUCUGUAUUACUAUUUUUUUUUUUUUUAUAUGAUGUGAAUGAAUAUGUAAAUUAUUAUUAUUUAGUCAAUAAUUUGAGUUGACCAUUUCACUUUUAUGGUAAUGUCAAAAAGCAUUGUGAUUAAUACAAUAAAAAUGAUUGUUCCCACUGA